ACUGCCGGACGGACGCUGACAAUGAGCCUCCAUAAAAGGGAGCGGCGGGGUUGGGGGCCCCGGAUCGAACCCUCCCCGCCCGGGGUCGUGACGCCUUGAAGCCCGUGGCUGGCCGGGCGGCCGGGCGAGCGUCGGGCGAGCUAAGCGGGCCACGGGCCCGGCGUGGUCCGGGGCGGGAGGCGGCCGCCACAAGCGGCGCGCCGAGGUCUGUGCGACCGUCCUCGGUUAUCGGGUCUCCCUUCUUCGCCUCGCCAUGGCCCUGAGAGCCGAGGGCGCCGCGUCGUUGGACUGCUUCGAGGUGACGCUCAAGUGUGAAGACGGGGAUGAUGACGAGGAGGCCGUGGUGGUGGCCGUGAUCCCGCGGCCCGAGCCGAUGCUCCGAGUAACCCAACAGGAAAAGACACCGCCGCCUCGGCCUAACCUGCUGGAAGCAGGUAUCGAUGGCUAUGAGGAGCUCAAGCAGCAAGUGUCAUGGGAGCAGGAGUUCCUGGUGGGGAACAGCCCAGGAGGCAGUGGACGGGCGCUGUGCAUGGUGUGUGGGGCUGAGAUCCGGUGCCCGUCAGCAGACACUGCUCGCACACACAUUCUGGAGCAGCAUCCUCACACCCUGGACCUGAGUCCCUCUGAGAAGAGCAACAUCCUGGAAGCCUGGAGUGAAGGGGUUGCCCUUCUGCAAGACGUGCAAGCUGACCAGUCAUCCCUGCCCAGUCUAGAGUCAGGCCAGGAUGGCCAGCCAGACCCCAUCUCCAACCCGGAUCCUGCCAGAAUGCCAGCAGAGAUUGUGGUCCUUUUGGACUCUGAGGACAACCCAUCCCUCCCUAAGAGGCUCCGGCCCAGAGGACUCCGCCCCCUUGAGCUGCCUGUUGCCCCUGUCAUAGAGCAAGGAAAUAAAAGGCCCCGUGGUCAGAGAUGGAAAGAGUCCCCUGAGGAGGAGCCUGCUAGAAAGAAGAAAAGCAGGCACAUGACCAAAAGCCUGGACCCUGACCCAGACCCCCCGUCUCCUGAGUCACCCACAGAGCCCUUCGCAGCACCAGCUGAAGUCCGACACUUCACCGACGGCAGCUUCCCUCCUGGCUUCGUCCUGCAGCUCUUCUCCCACACACAGCUCAGGACCACUGACAGCAAGGGCUCCUCUAAAGACGGCAGAACAGCAGAGGGCCUGCCCCAGCCACAAAGUCCCUCUUCAGCCUCCCCUCCGGGGCUUCGUGGGACACUGGAUCUCCAGGUUAUCCGUGUUCGGAUGGAGGAACCACCAGCCGUCAGCCUCUUACAGGACUGGUCCAAGCACCCCCAGGGCAGCAAGCGGGUGGGACCAGGUGACAACCCAGACUGGCCCACAGUUCUGUCAGAAUCCAGUGCCACUGUUAAGGGACAACCAGAGGCAGGAAGUAGGGUAUAGGUAUUCAGUUUUCUAGAGAGGGCGGGGUGGGAAGAAGGAAAGGUGGGCGGGAGGAGGUAGUUAUUCCCCAUUGGCUUAAAUCUCAGAUCUGCCCAGCUUGGCCACCUGAUAGAGAGUUUUUAAAACCAGGUGCCAGGACAAUGUAGAGGGGGGAGGGGAAGAUCACUGUCACAUCGGGGUACUAGAAAAUGCCUGCCCUUGGCCCAGCCUGAGGUAGGCAGAGGUGGCUCUGGUUGUUGGGUGGUAAGGCAUUGGGCCUGUGGAGAACACCUUCCCCAAUCCUUCGCUGACCUGUCCUCUGACCCCACGCCGCCUCCUUCCUCUAAGCACCCCACCAUUCUCCCCUGGCACAGUGCCUUAUGCAGAGGUGGUCAUGAUGGGGUUUGAACUGAGUCCCACUACCUCGGGGGACACCUUUCCUCCCCCACUUCUGGCUCCUACAGCAGGAGGCCUCCAUUACCUCUUACCACCUCGUCCCUGCCGAGGGCUCCCGUUACCACCCCUUUUACCUGUUGUCCUGUUGCAUCCAUUGUCCUGUUGUAUAUAUUGCCUUUGUUGACAAUAAAUUAUUUUUUUUUUUUAUUAAAAGUUCUGUGUGGGCUGUCAUUGGGGAAAAGGGAGGCUUCUUAGAGCAGCUUGAGGGACAGGAAACUGAACAGUAGUCCCAGGUGGGAGCCAGAGACCCUGUCCAGGGCGGAGCAGCAGUGAGCUCGGGAGAGCUUGCUUGGACUCAGGGCCUGUUCUCACUUGGUGUCAGUCACCUGAGAGACCCAUUUUCUUUACUUGACCUACUGACUCACCUGGUAGGCCUCUGUCCAAGCAAAGCUACUAUGGGGCUGGGGACACUCAUACCCAAAGAGCUCAGAGUUAUUAGGGCCUAAUCCUGGCCAGCCUGCACAGACACCUCCUCUGUGAUGUGAUGGUGGCACAUCCCUGCUUUUUCAAAGGGCUGUACCCUCCACUACACAAUUCACCCCUAUUCCCCAGCCUCAACCCAAGUCUGCCUGGGCUCUGCAGAUUUUAUGUGUCCUGAGCUAUCUCUGCAUAGACCUAAUCUGUGGGCUUUUGCACUUGGGGUGAAAAUGAACAUCCAAUAUUGCUUACUCUCAAAUCCUAGAUUCCAUUGUCCUGUUCAGAAUCCCCAAGAGGUGUGGUGAGAUGAGGCCACCCCACCCACACUGCUCCUGGUAAUUAUGGAGACUUAAGGAAAGGUAAAGUGGAAGCCCCACCACCAUCAGAAAGAGUCAGGGUCUGCUGUACGCUUACUUAUGCUACUACUUCUUAGGCCAGAGAUCUCCUACUAGACUGCUGAGAAUUGAGCCUUUUAAGCCAUCUGAUAUUCUCAGGAGGAGCCCAAGAAUGUAGAAGGUCCUUUCCCCAGGGGAAGAGGCAGAAAUGAAGUAGAUGCAGGAGAUAAAGGUUCAGGGUCCCUUGUGUCCAGAAUAUUCCAGCCAUUGUGUGGGCCACAGGACACCUGAGUCUAUACCUGUUUCUGCAGGUUGGCACAAUUUGUAUGCUCCCUAAAAAGAAUUUAGAUGUAAACUGUCUGAGAGCCCUGUGUUGACAUUGCAGGUGGUUUCUGUCCCUGUAAUUGUGUGACUUUACAUUUAUGCCAACUUGUUUUUAAGACGUUGUAUCUCUCACAAAGUAUUGAGGAAACUCAUAAAAGAUUGUGUUGUAAAAUGAUUAUCCAAAUGCCCCUUUGUUGUUGUAUGAACCUGAUUUGUCCUAGACUGUGAAUUCUGUGGGGCAGGGACCAGAUUGCAUUGACUUGAUAUUUCUGGUGCCCUGCAUAGGGCUUGGCACAUAAGUGUUCAAUAAAUGUCUGUUAAAUGCCA